AAAGUUGCAAGUGCAUGUGACACCCAGCUCAAUGCGAGAUAUAUAUACGACCCUGAGUUAUUACUUGAAAGAAGUCUUACGUUUCUCUCCUUCUCACAAGAUCUCGGAAAAUGCUGUUACGAGCUGUGGCACUGGCGGCAGUGGCCCUCUCAGUGCCAGGGGGCCUCUGCUCACCCGCCAAGGAAAUUAGCUUUGGUCAAUGUCCUGAAAUUACCCUUAAGCAGGAUUUCGUUCUGGAUCCGUACCUUGGCCUGUGGUACGAACAGCAGAGAUUCGACAACGGCUUCGAAAUGGGUCUCGACUGUGCCAAUGCUCGGUACACUGACCUGGGCGAUGGCACCUUCGAGCUCCACAACUCCGGCAGGAAGGCAGAAGACCUCUUCGCUGAAUCCUUCGCCAUAGGAUACGUCCACGCCCCGGGCCACAUCAUCGCUAAAUUCGAAGGACAUGACCCUGUCAAUUACUUCGUUCUUGACACUGACUACGACACCUUCGCCGCUGUCUACAACUGUGUCCAAUUAGGCGAACUCAGGUACGAAUACGCGUGGAUGUUCACCAGAGAGACCAGCGCGUCUGAGGAUCUCAUUGCCAAGAUCCACCAGGUGUUUGUGGAUAACGGGGUGGAUGUCAGCCUCUUCCAGGUGACCAACCAGGGACCCGAUUGCGUCUAUAUUCCUUAAAAGACAUUAAAGACGAAGAUUGUUUAUA